AUGGCACUGACAGAAGAUGCUUCCACUAGCCGAUUUCAACAUCAUGUCUCUUUCGACAACUUCGCUGGAGGAGAGGGCACGGCGAAGAACAGCAUUUCUUUCACGUUGAACGUCAAGCACAGAGGAUACCAGCGCAAGCGGAGAUCACGGACAUUUAUGGUCGGCGUGGAUGAGAACGAUUACUCGGAUAUUGCACUGUCAUGGAUGCUAGAGGAAUUGGUCGAUGAUGGUGACGAAGUCAUUUGCCUGAGAGUGGUGGACAAGGAUGCGAAGGUUGUCAAUGAUCGGAGUGUGGACAAGAAGCAGUACCAGGAGGAGGCGAAGAAGCUGAUGGAGAGGAUUGUAUCGCGGAAUGACGAGAACCGGGCUAUUAGUAUUGUAUUGGAGUUUGCAGUUGGAAAGGUCCAUUCAGUAUUUCAGAAGAUGAUUCAACUCUACGAACCGGCUAUGCUCAUUGUUGGCACACGAGGACGCAGUCUGGGAGGAUUCCAGGGUCUCAUGACUAUUUCGAACUCGUUCUCGAAAUGGUGUCUGCAAUACUCUCCGAUUCCUGUUGUUGUCGUUCGGCCUACCGAGAAGCGAACCAAGAAGAAGAAGAAACGAGACGCCGACCCAUCGAGACAAGACUAUGCCAGAAUUCUGAAAGAGAGUGGAUUGGAUGUUCACGAGACGGAGAGCGGUUCUAAGAACAGCAUUUUCGAAGUAACCAAUACUCCCGAUGUAGAAGCCCACGCCGUAGCAGCAGCUCUAGGACUCCCAGCACAAUUCGACCCAACCCUCAAACCUUUCAUGCUCGACAGCAGUCGCAUUCUUCGAAAGGUCGACUCAGGUGCGAGUGACGGUACCUCCAUCUCGCCUGACUCUCGACCCACAAGUCCAUCGGUGGUUAGAAAAGGUUUCAAGGGCCGACGUGAGUCUCAAGAAUCCCGGGAGAGCAAUUCAAUCAGUGGCAACGAAUCCAGCGAGGGCGAAGAAGACGAGGACGGCGAAUUCGAAGCCGUAUCUGGCCACGAGCUACUUAGAAACGGUGAUUCCAGGCCUAAAAUUGACAAGAUGAUGAAGCUACAUGAGAGUACGUCUAAUAACAACUCCGAUAAUUCUGGCGCCGACGACGACGACUACAUGUACAGCGACAGUGAAGAGCUCUGGAGCAAGGGUAGCCAGGGUACUUUCUCGAAUGCUACCAAACCCGGAAACCUGGAUGGUCUAUUUUUGAUUCUAGGUCUAUAA